AUGAAACUCGUUACUCUGGCAAUCCAGCUAUCCACAGUGCUAGCCACUACCCCAGUGGUUCUCUGGCAUGGUCUCGGCGACAGAUAUGACUCUCCAGGAAUGACCGGUGUGGCGGACCAAAUCCGCGACAUUUACCCUGACAUUUACGUGCAUUCAGUCGGACUCUCUGAAGACGGCGGAAAAGAUCAGCAAAUGGGUCUUCUAGGCAACGUAAGAGAGCAAGUUGAGAGUGUCUGCGACCAGCUGGCAGCAAUACCAGAGUUGAAGGGCGGGUUCAAUGCCAUCGGAUUUUCCCAAGGAGGUCUGUUUCUUCGUUCAUACGCCGAGUUGUGUCCCUUGACAAACGCCUCAGCUCCUGUUCUCCGAAAGCUCAUCACAUUUGGCUCCCCUCAUAACGGAAUUGCUGAUAUGCCGCUCUGUGGGCCCAGCGACUUCCUUUGCAAGUCUCGUAACAAGCUGUUCAAGAGUCAGGUGUGGACUAAGAACUCUCAAACGAAUGUGGUAGUGGCACAGUAUUAUCGGGACCCUAACCACAUGGACGUGUACCUGGAGAAGUCUGGAUUUCUGGCAGACAUCAACAACGAGAGGCAACAAAAGAACAAGACCUACGACCUGUCUUAUUUGGAGAAGUUUGUCAUGGUCAUGUUCUCGGAGGAUACCACAGUAGUGCCUAUGGAGAGUGCAUGGUUCCAAGAGGUGGAUCUCGAAAGUGGGCAAGUCACCCACCUUGAAGACAGAGAGAUAUACCAAGAGGACUGGAUUGGACUUAAGAAGCUUGGAAAGCGUGGUGAUCUUGAGUUCCACACGGUCCAUGGACAGCACAUGGAGAUCAACGACGACGUGAUUGAAACGUUUGCCUUGAGAUAUUUAGGCGACGAUGACGAUAUCAAGGCCGGUGACGACUUUGUGUUUGUAAACCAAGCUAAAUAG